UGCAGCGCUAAGUACACGAAAACAACUUUAAUUGACAAAAAAACAAUUCGCGAAUCGCACAAAAAACGUUGCUAAGAGAUUAUCCAAGGCGUGACCAUGAUUACGUUAGAGGAGCUCAAAAAACUGAGACUGAUCCAUCUAUGCAUUGCCAUAACAUUCUUCACCAGCGGGCUGACCAUCAAUUUCGCCCAACUGUUGCUGCACAUAUGCCUGAAGCCAUUCAAUAAGCAUCUCUUCCGCAAGCUCAUGUACUACCUAUGCUAUUCCUUCUACUGCCAGCUAGUUUUUGUCGCCGAUUGGUAUGCGGGCUGUAAAUUGCGCGUCUACAUGGACGCGGACGAUGCGAAAAAGUAUGCAGGCAAGGAGCAUGUGCUGCUGAUGAUGAAUCAUAAAUACGAAAUCGAUUGGCUGGCUGGCUGGAUGAUUUGCGAUAAGGUCGGCGUACUGGGCAAUUGCAAGGCGUACGCUAAGAAGGCCAUCAGAUAUGUGCCUUGUAUGGGCUGGGCUUGGUGGCUAGCCGAGUUCGUCUUCCUCAAUCGUGAUUUCGACAAGGACAAGGAGAUCAUUGCCAAGCAGCUGAAAAUUGUUUACUCCUAUCCGGAUCCCACAUGGCUUCUGUUGAAUGCAGAGGGCACACGCUUCACACCGGAAAAACACGAAGCUUCGGUUAAGUUUGCCCUGGAGCGUGGCAUGACGCCGCUCAAGCAUCAUUUAAUACCCCGCACUAAGGGAUUUACGGCUAGCCUGCCGGCGUUGCGUGGCAUCUGCCCGGUUAUAUAUGACAUUAACUUGGCAUUUAAGGCCGAUGAGAAGACGCCGCCCACAAUGUUGUCCCUGCUUAAUGGCAAGGGUGUCGAGCCUUAUAUGCUUAUGCGACGCAUUCCGCUGGAGCAAGUGCCCGAGGGCGAGAAGGAGGCCGCCGAAUGGCUGCAAAAGCUGUUCGUAGAGAAGGAUCGCAUAAUUGAUAGCUUCUAUGAGACUGGCAGCUUCUUCGAGAAGUCUGGCGUCAAGGAGGUGCCAUUCCAAGUCUGUAAACCUCGUCUCAGCAGUCUACUCAACUUUGCCGGCUGGGCCACCUACUCGUUGUCCCUAAUUAUCUAUUACUUGAUCACGUGCUUACUGGCGUCGAAUUGGACUGGUCUGAUUACGGCUCUGUCUGUGCUUGCCAUCUUCUAUUGGUUAAUGGGCGCUGCAAUUAACAAGACACAAAUCAGUAAAGGCUCCAAUUAUGGUUCGCAGAGCGCAAAACCAAGCACACAUUAAUUUGUAACUCUUUAAAAAUUCGUUAUUUGUUAACGAACGUUUAGUCAAUGAGCCAAGCUGAUAAUCUCACAAUUAUAUCUAUAUAUACAAUUAACUUUUAAUCGUGGAUUUAUGCCUGAUACGUUUAUCAGCCGUCCUUAUCUCCGAGUUUUUGCUACAAAAUGAUUUUAUGUUUUUCUUGGCUAUAGGUGAGUUUAAGUUAUCAGUUUGGUAAUAAAUUUAAUAAAUUAUUAAAUAAAUAAGGCCGCACACUAGACAUACACAAAGUUUAAAAUGUAUAAUAAUGCAAUAA